AUGGCAACGACAGAGGAGUUUGACAUAAUUGUCGUAGGAGCAGGAAUUUCUGGAAUCUAUGCGGCGAAGUUUUAUCUUGAUAUCCAUCCGAAAUGUCGGUUAGCGAUUCUUGACAGAGAUACUUGUGUGGGAGGAACUUGGAAUUCCAGAAGAUCAUAUGACUCCUUCUGGACUCAAUGGACCGUAGGAACCGCCGAAUUCUCAGACCUCCCCAUGACACGACCACCAGAAUCCGACAUCUUCUACGAGUUCUUCAAAGGAAAACACACUACCAACUACCUAGAGACAUACGUAGAUCAUUUCAAGCACUCCGGAAAAACACUACGAGAAAGGAUAAUAUUUUCCACCGAGGUUCAGAGCGUUCUCAAAACAAGCGAAGGCUGGACGCUGUUUACCAAACAUCGGAAAACAGAUGUCGAGCAGAGUUUCCGGACUUCUAAACUUAUUGUAGCGAGUGGAUUAACUUCGAUCCCAAAUGUUCCGGCUUUUAAAGGCCAGGAUCAGUAUGGUCGUGAGAUCAUACAUCAAGAGAAUUUCGGGUCGUCCGAUGUCUUGACUUCGCCUGAUGUCAAGAACGUGACGGUGUUGGGGGGAGGAAAGUCUUCUGCUGAUAUGGUAUACUCGGCUAUAAAACAUGGAAAGACUGUGAGCUGGGUGCUGAAAGCAAGUGAUACCACAGGUCCCGGAUUCAUGUUCUCCCCCAAAGGAAAAGGCCCCUAUAAAAACGCCUUCGCCCUCGGCACAACCCGCGCCGCAGCAACUUUCACCCCCUCUGUCCUGACACCAUACACAUGGUGGACGAAACUGCUGCAUUCGACCAAGUACGGCGUCCGAAUGAUGCAAGCCUUCUGGGGAACAGUGGAUGAAGAAGCGAGGAAAGAAGCCAAUUUUGAAGGGAGAGAGAACUUGCAAGGUUUUGAGAAGCUUGCGCCUCAUGGAUCCAUUUUCUGGCAGAACGGAACUGGUGGUCUUCUCAACCAUGAGGAUUUCUUCGACACUGUUGCGUCGGGUGCGAGGAUCUACAGCGCUGAUGUGGUUGGCCUCGAAAAAGGGAAAGUGGUUUUGAGUACAGGAGAAUCACUCGAUUCAGAUGUUAUUCUCUGUGGUACAGGAUGGGUCCCAUCCAUCAAAUUCUUCACCGAAGAGCAGCGACGGCAGCUCGGCCUGCCACAUUCUCUGAGUUCAGUGCCAGCGGAAGAAAGCGAUCAUUGGAGUCAACUCGAAAAGGCCGCAGAUCUGAAAGUCGUCACUAAAUUUCCUCAACUCGGGGAUCCUCCUGCACAUUACCAUCGUAAGCCUACGACGACUCCAUACCGGCUGUAUAAAUACAUGGUACCUAUACCCAGCAGCGAAGAUCUAAAGAACGAUCGCUCAAUCGUAUUCAUCGGUCAGAUCAUCGCCGGAAACUACUUCCCCGGCGUCCAAUGUCAAGCCAUGUGGGCCACCGCUUACAUGGACAACAAACUAGAACUUCCUAGCAGAGAAGAGCAAGAAAAAGAUGUGGCUCUGUUGACGACAUGGUGUCGCCGAAGAUAUCUCAGUAGCGGAGAAGAAGGUCAUAAUAUUACGUUUGAGUUGUUUGGGUAUACGGAUGGUCUAUUGGAGACUUUGGGUCUUACGAGCCAUAAGAAGGGUUGGUUUAAGAAUUUGUUUGCGUCGAUUUUUGCGAAGGAUUUUGUGGGGUUGAAGGAUGAAUAUGUGAGGAAGUAUGGGUGUGAUGAGGAGUAG